AUGGAUGGUGUAUUUCUUGAAAAUGGACCUUGGAGAAUCAAUUCAGAUCAAACAUUAAGGUUAAUCGAUGGUUCAUGGAAUGAAUAUGCAAAUGUUUUAUAUGUCGAUCAGCCUGUGGGCACAGGGUUUAGCUUUACUGAUUCCGAUGGUUAUUUAAACAAUUUGACACAAGUCUCAAACCAAUUUUUAACCUUUUUAGAUCAGUUUUAUGGGAUAUUUCCGGAAUUUUCCAAUGAUGAUAUCUAUUUAGCAGGUGAAAGUUUUGCAGGAACAUAUAUACCUUAUAUAGCAAAAGCUAUAUUAGAUCGGAAUCAUGCCAGGAAAACACCCGAUUAUCACAAGUAUAAUUUAAAAGGAAUAGCAAUUGGUAAUGGAUGGUUUGAUCCUAUAAGUCAGUAUAAUGCAUAUUACACAUUUGCAGUGGACCAGAAUAUUAUGGAUGAAAAAACCAAGGCUGCUGCAUAUGAGCAAUUAGGAAUCUGUAUGAAAGAUUUGCAGGAAAGUCUUGCCAUUCAUGUAUAUUCAUGUGAAAAAGUUUUAGUCACAAUCUUAAGUGGUUCUCGUAGACGUAGAGAAGGAACCAGAGAAACAUGUAUAAAUCAAUAUGAUAUUCGUGAUCAUAAUGACAGUUAUCCUUCUUGUGGAAUGAAUUGGCCUUACGAGCUUCCUACAAUUUACAAAUAUUUAAGACGACCAGACGUUGUUGAUGCCAUACAUGCUAAUACAAAUAAACUUAAAUGGGUGGAAUGUAAUUCUAAAGUUGGCAUUGGCUUUGAUCAAGACAUGUCGCCUCCCUCUGUUACAUUAAUGCCUGAUCUUUUAAAACAAAUCAAUGUUUUAUUAUACAAUGGGGAUAAAGAUUUAAUAUGUAACAUAUAUGGAACACAAGAUAUGGUAAAGAAGUUAGAAUGGAACGGAUAUAAAGGUUUUAAGGAUGCAGUAUCAAAACCUUGGUAUAUAAAUGAUAAAGUUGUUGGCGAAAUGACUACUGAGAGAAAUCUUACAUACAUUGUUGUUUACAAUACAAGUCAUAUGGUGCCAUAUGAUGUACCUGUUGAAACUAUGGAUAUGAUUUAUAGAUUUAUUGGAAUCCAUGAUGAUAUAAUAGCUAAUUUUACUUCAAGUAUUGGUAUAAAGGAGCAACCAAAUGUGCAAGGUGAUUACGAUAAUGGAGAAGAUAGUGAUAAUAAAAAUAAUGAACACAAUCAAGAUUCAGACGAACAGCGUCAAUCAAAAAGUUUGGCAAAUCAAAAGAUGGUGUUGGAUCUUGAAAACAAUGAGUUGGAUGAUUUAGCUAAAGAAGCUACAUUGUUCCAAACAGAUGAUAUUGAUCAUUUUGGAGAUAGUGAAAAUGAAGAAGAUGAAAAUACCGCUAUAUAUUAUUGGAUACAUCCAUACCUUCAACGUGUUCCGCAAAUCUUCUUUGCCUAUGACGAUCCAUUAGUAUUAGGUUGUGUUUCAAAUUGUGAUAAUAUUUCUUGCAAAUCGAAAUUACUUGUCAAAAUGUCUCAGUUAGGAUUAAUUAAAAUUGCAGGAAUAUUUGGAGGAGUAGUAAAGAAGGGUGAAGCUAUUGAUGCAACAUUAUUUGUUCUGGUAGUGGUCGCGGUUGCAUUUUGUACACAUUGCGUUGAGAAGCAAUUACGGUUGAAGUUGGCUCAAUCAAUGGAUAAAUUUUCAAGUUUAGACAUUAGAGAUGAUAAUGAUGAAGAUUUAAAUUCGAGUCUACAGGAAGUUGAUUUAUUGAACGAUUUAGAUAAUAAUCAACUACAAAUUUAA